CGGCGUCACGCGCCGGGAGCGCCGGGUGGCUCGCAUGGCGGCGGCGUUCGAGAAGGCGGCCAAGGCCGGCCGGCGCGAGCACCGCGAGCGCGCCCAGCCUGCCGCUCGGAAGCGCCUGGGAAUUCUCGAGAAGAAGAAGGAUUACAAGCGCCGGGCCGACGACUACCACAAGAAGCAGAAUGCGCUCUGGGCACUUCGCAGGAAGGCCCAGGAGAAGAAUCCUGACGAAUUCUAUUUCAGAAUGACCCGUGUGCAGCUUCAGGAUGGUGUCCAUGUGAUUAAACAGCAAGAAGAAGAAACCACGCUGGAGCAGCAGAAGCUGAUGAGGACACAGGAUCUGAAAUACAUUGAAAUGAAGCGGGUAGCUGAAGUCAAGAAAAUUGAAAGGCUGAAGUCGGAGCUCCACCUGCUGGAAGCUGAAGGGAAACAGCCAAACAGACAUACAUUCUUUUUUGACACCAAGAAGGAAGUGCAAAGAUUUGACAUUGCUACCCACCUGAACACUGCUCCCGAGCUGGUGGGCAGAGUAUACAACCGUCCAACCCUUGAAACGCUGAAGAAGGAAUGCAUUCAGGGGACCACUACACCUGUUCAGUUGCAGAAAUUAGCCCAGCAGAGGAGAAGUCAGUACAACCUGCUGCAGCAGCGUGUUGAGCGUGAGCGGAAAAUGUUCAUCAUCGCCCAGAAGCUCCAGACCCGGAAGGAUCUCUUGGACAAAACUCAGAAAGUGAAGCUGAAGAAGGAAACGGUGAACCAGCCAGCUAUUUACAAAUUCCAGUUCAGGCGGAAACGCUGAUUGCUCCGGAGCAAUUUCCCCCUGCCUCCUCCUGCUCUGCAGGACUCUGUCCCCAUGCGGCUUCAACUGCACGAGCAGCUGGAGUCCACUGCAGUUUUGUAUUCUUCAAAUAAACACGUCCUGCAGAUCCUG